AUGGCCGCCGAUCGCAACGACCAGCGCACCCUCAGCAACUCCCUCGCCUUCCUCGACACAUACCCAGAUCCCGAGCUCACGACCGACCAUUCCUUCGAAGCCUGGUUUGAGAAAAUUCAGGGUCGCUUCGACCGCCUGCCCAGAAGAAUCAAUACUGACGUCCUCCGCUCCUGGGCACAGCAAUGGGUCCCAUUCCUAAUCGGCCACAUGGCCGCCUUCAACCUGUAUAACCGCUUCUACGCCUUCAGUCUUAUCUUCUCCAUCGCCUUCCUCCAAUGGCUCCUCAUACUGCGCCAACCGCGCCGCUCCACCGACUCCUUAGCUCGUAUCAAGGAACUCCAGUGGGGUUUCCAACUCGGCGUCACGCUCUGCGCUGCGGCGCAAUUCCCGUACAGCAGAUCCGAUUUCCUCCUCCCUCUCAUCCUCAAAACGGCCGAUGCAGACGGGGACCGAGGAUGGAUAAAGGGAGAUAUCAGAGAGCUACUGCAGUGUCGGCUCCCCGCGAUGAUUGCAGCCGUGAUUCUCGAACCCCGGAUUCUGGCUCCGCCAAUGUGGAUCCAGGGUUCUGUCAUCUUGCUCUGUCCUAAGAUCCUAGGACAGUGGACGGGAUACCACGUGCUCGCGCUCCUGGCAAGCCCCGUUUGGGUCACGUUGGUCAUUUGGCUUGUAGCGGUGUCCGUGGACUUCGUGUUUGCGCUCGGCGUGCUGAAUGCGGUGAGCGUAUAUGUGGUGAUGAAGUGGAGUUCGGCGUUGUGGAGGGAGGGGUUUCCGGAUGAGAGGAUGAGGGCUAUUGAGGAAGAGUGGGAGAGGGAGAGUUUGGCGAUGUCGAGUGGGGUUGGGGAGAGGAGGGAGGCGGGAGGGGGAGCGGUGCGGGCGGUGGUUGAGGCUGCGAGGCGGAGGGGUGGUGAGGGCCGCAUUCAAGAUACACCGGCGACAGGCUCUUCGCGCGCCACUCAAAGCUCCCCAGCCGGACAAGGCUCCGCGGCGAGACGAAGCACCCGGAGGAGACGAGAUUCCCCAGAGCGACCAGACUUCGCUCCCCUUUUCCAGAGUCUCUCUGGCGUCAACGAACCCUCUGAUGCCGGACCCGACCCUGGUGCACCUUCCGACCGACUUGAAGCCCGUUCCUGGCGCGAAGCUCUCCUUGCAACCUACAUGGUCUACCGCACCUGGCUGUAUGACUAUCUCUGCGAAACGCUCUGGGCCUUGUAUCUCGUCAGCGUGCGGCUCCUGUCACUGUACACGACGUACCGCGUCGCGACCUGUCUGCUCCGAUGGGGCACCUCUGGCAUCGGAGUAUUGCUCGACCCUGAUCGAAUACGACGUGUCUUUGCUGCGUUGAUCCGCGUGUUACGCUGGAUAUCGCUCACCGUGACGGAUGUGGAUCUGAUCCGGAAACCGUUCCUCGCCGUGUCUGACCCCGAUCAUGUGCGGAAUCUGGUGCUGUGGUUGCAGGAGGUGCCGUGGACGUUGCGUGAAAAGAUGGAUGCUGUAUCGGCGAUGGUUGCAGAGGGUUUCAAUGCUGCUUUGCAGGGCCUGAAGGGAGCUGGAGCGGCUGCGAAGAAGAGUGUGAGCACGCCGUCAGUGAAGAAGGAGUUUGUCAAGGAGCAGGGACGCGGCAAGUUUUGA